UAUGCAAAACCAACUUUAAUAGUUCCUCACUAUUCUGGCCACAAGAGAAGAAGUUAUUUUUAUGAUUCGCAUCUUAACACAUUAAACUUUAGAAGAUGGAAGAAAUCUUAGAGAAUAUCAAUAUGAAAUCAUGAAAGGAGAAAGAAAGAGAGAAGAACUAGAAAAUUAAGUGUAAUUUAAUUAUUUUUAUGAUAGUUAUUAAACUAUAACUGAAUCUAUACAUAGAAAAGUAUUUCUACCAAAAGUUGUAUAGAAAUUUAACAAAAUACAAACUUAUUAUUCCAAUAAAACUAAAGUAAUCAAUAUUGAAUUUAUCAGAUCUACUUUCCUAAAUAAGGAUAAUAAAUUGGAUAAGAAAACAUUGUUUAACCAAAUCUUAGGAAUAUUAUAAUCAGUAUGCAACAUGAGAGUUUGAUUUCCAUCCUUAAAUACUUGAGUAACGUGUAGAAAAUGAGAAUGAAAUUAGAACUCAAUCGGGCAUAGUAUAUGGAAAAGUAAUAUAUAAAAGGCUAUGCUUUAUUCUAGAGAAGAGAGAUGUAAUCGUAAUGAGAAGUUCUUUUCCGAACCUUUACUUAUUGGAAAUUUUGGUAUGAAUUAUAUCAACAAAUUGCAUCAGAAAUAUUAUUACUUAGCAUCAUAAAGAAAUUGGAAGAAUGUUUAUGAUGUUCUUAUUUUAGAUGAUAAUACAAAAUAAUUAUAUCUAUAAGGAGCAGGUUAAUUAGGAUAUCUAUUUAGGUUUUAAGAGUGUGAUUGCCAGUAUUAAUAAAUAAAAGAAAUCCAAUGAUGUUCCUUAAGUUUAUAUACCAAUAGAAACAACCUAAGAAAUCAUUACUACUCGUUAUGAAAAAUUAUUCAAAGAUCUUAUGGAUAUGAAUUACCAUGUUUCCAAAUCUAUUAUGAAAUAUAAUUAAUUGCAUCAACGCAGAAAAAAGAAUAAGGAAUCAUAAAAUAGAAUCAAAAUAACUACAACUAGACAUUCUUAAUAAGAGAAAAUACUUAAUUUAAGUGACUUUGGUAAAUUUUCAGCACCAUCAUCCAGAUAUAGUAGAUCAAGAUAACUUAAAACAUAAUUAUCAUGUCUAUAGUCUCCAUCUGAACCACAUAUUAAAUAAUAUGAAUUUCUUUUAAGUUUGCGUCAACCUGUUAAUUCAGGUCGUUUGAUUAAUAAAUGCAUUAAUUAAAAUUCAUGAAAUACUUUAAGGAAGCUUCUUUUUCAUUGAAAUAAAAAUUUGGUUACACUCCAGAAGAAUAAGCUAUCAAACUUUUUGAUCAAGCAUAUCAUUACGAAAGUUCAAUUCUUCCUAUAAAUCUUCUUGAUCAAAUUGCUGAAUUAAGCUUUCAAAUGUAUUAUUCAUCAUUAAAAUAUUUCUAGGGAACAUUAUCCAAAAAUAAUCAAUUAAAUUGUUCUGCAAUUAUCAACUAUUGGAAUCACUACUAAUGUAAUACUUAAAGUAUUAAAUUUUUGAAUUAUUUUUAGACACUUAUUAUUACAGAUUAUCUAUUAAAAUAUGGAUGUUCUGGUAUAAUUGAUGAUUUGAAAGUUAGAAUAUAUAUGUUUAGAAAUUAUCAAGAAUUUAAAAUUGAUUUCUAAGAUCCUAUUUAUAUUACAAGUAUCUAAUUCAAAAAUAUAAAGUUCGAUAAAAAGCUGGAAACAUUGCUAAUUAAUUAACUAAUAGAAAACUUUUAUACAAGGAAAAAGAAAUAGCAAAACAUAUUAAGCUUAAAAUAUAAAUAAAUAAAUAAAAAACAUAAUCAUUAAGUAAUUAAGAUUAUAAGUAAACUACUACCACUUUAGAUGAUAUUUUAGAAAAUUAUAUUUUUAAAUAUAUGGAUAAAUUUAAUGAUAAAAUAGAAAGUUGGGGAGAUAAAAUAAAUGAUAAAUUAGAUUAAAUAAUUGAUAAUAUUACUAUUAAUGCAGCUUAUGAAAGAGAUGAAAAUGGUUAUUACUUUCCAGAAUCUUGUAUGGAUGAAAUCACAAUUACAAAUACAAAUAAACAUAAUGAAAAUUAAGAAUAGUUAUUAUAAUAAGAUCAAAAAAUAAUAAAACACUAGAAUAAAGAUUUAUGUAAAUAUAAUAAUAAUAAGUUAGUGGAAUUUGAAAAUUAAGAUAAUUAAUAAUAGCCAAAACAAGAGAUUAAUUUACUAGAUUGA